AUGUUUGGAGGGACGUGCCAGCUGGUGCCAGGCGGCAACACGACCAUGGACGUCCAAGACGGAGGGGGACUGGAGCUCUACCAACAGGAAACAAUUGCCAUGGGAAAAAACAACACGUGCAUCGGGCUGAGGUUCGGGCAUGCGUGCGUUUUCCCUUUCACGUACCAAGGAGUGACGUACAACGGAUGCACCAAAGCCGCAUCCACCCAGUUCUGGUGCUCUCCCGUUCCCAAUUAUAUUACCGGGAGCGACGUGUACGAGCUUUGUCCCUUCUCCUGCCCCAUCAACGACCCCUGCUGCUAGCCAAUGUCUAAGUUCUAUGCCCCUUCACUUGUCCUUUGAAGAGUGGCUCCUGCUAGCUUUUCUCCUUUUGUGCUUUCUUGAUCCUCAAGGUCUGAAAUUCCUUCCUCUCUAACACGAUGCGUGUAAAUCGAAUUUCAGGAAAUAAAGCCUUGUGUCACCUUCACCUCAGCUGCAAGCUUUGACAUGAUGUCAUCUCAUUUGACUUCUGAAGUAUUGAUAAUCGAAC